GACUAUGGUUGCGCAACUUCCCUAAGCGUCAACAAAGUGACCUGAGAUCCCCUCAGCUCAUCGCAUGCUGUCAGAACAAUGUGCCACCUAGGUCUAUUUUGAUAUUUCAGACUCUGGCAGCGCCCCGGUCGCAACCGGAAUUAACCGGUCUCACAAUGGCUGGAAAGGCCUACAAAAUGGCCUCAAGGGUGCUGUCUGCCUCCAGGGGCUCGGCCACAUGCCUGACCCAGGAAGUGCGCCAGUACUGCACAACGACAACACGCCAUGCUACGGGUCUAGUAGGUACCCAGAGGAGGAUAUCAAGGCCGGCCCCGUGCACGAUGGCAGAGACGGCAACAACAAAAGCCGAGUCAAGGCGGCAAUACGCCACCCGCCCAAAUCAAAAGUUUAACCCGAUCAGGACUACACCAAAAACGAAACCACGAGGCGCCCCCAAAAUUCCGCAGUCGAAGCCCCUGCCUGGCGAUGGUGCCUACCUCACGGAGGACAGCGUGCCGGAUAGUGAGUGGUGGGAUGAGACCCGGGCGCACCUCAUCGAGAAACAGGGCAUGGCCCCAGACGCCGCGCCCCUAGACUCGGCCGGGUGCAUCUCCUUCGUCAAGCGCUACAUCCAGGCCAGCCUCGACGACAUCGGGAAUCCGCUCCCCUGGUCGUCACCCAGCACCGUCAAGAAGUUCACAUCCAUGGACUUCUCGCCGGCGCACCUGCACUACAUCGCCGUCCAGCUCCUGGCCCUGGGCGAGGGCGACCGCCCCGCGCCGCCGCCGCUCAUGAGACUGUCGUUGCGCAUGCUCGACCACGCAUCCAUCCUGGACCACGACCCCUCCACCGUGACGCUCUGCCUGACCGCCAUAAAGAUGGCCUCGGUCGACGGUGGCACUAAGCGGCGGCUCAGCGACAUCCCCCCGCCCUUCCCCGCCACCAUCAACCGCUUCCGCGCCCGCUUCCGCACCAGCGGCGCCGCCGCCAAAGACCCGGACAUCCUGACCGUCUGGGGCCUGCUCCACUUAUUCGAAGACCGCCUCGAGAUGGCUGAGCGCUACCUGCGCCUCGCCAUGGGGCCGGUCCUCCCGGCGCCCACCACCGGCGCCCACAGGCGCGCCCCCGCCGACGCCGACGCCGCACCCGACUUCGACGUCGACCUGAAGCCGCGCCCGCCGCGCUUCGACGCCGAGCCCGCCGCCUGCCUGGCGCUCGCCAAAACCACGGCGCUCAUGGGCCGCCCUGAAGCCGACACGGCCGCUUGCUAUGCCGUCGGCGCGUUCCAGCUCGACCUGGCCCGGGCCUGCAUGAUGCUGGGGUUGCUGACGGGCACGGCCAAGGUGGGGGGCAAGGGGGAGCAGCAGACCGGUGGCGACUGGCGCGCCAGGUACGUGCCCUACAGGGAGCUCCUAAUCACAAAGGCGGCCAUGAACGGGAUACCGGAAGCCUGCGUGGCCAUGGUGGAAAUCGAGAAGACCAAGGCCGCCUCGGCGAGUAUGGGCAUCACGGACCUCAGCGCCUGCGGGCUCGGGUCCAUCCAGUCGCCCCAGCACCACGACCUAGUCGCGGCCGAGUGGGAGCGGGUCGUCGAGGCGAUCAGGGCACGAGGAUAGUGAUGGGAUGUGUUUGGGGAGCCGGGUCAGGUUUGGUUGCAUCUUUAGGGCGCUAUGCGGGCACCCUAUACCUCGGUAUUUUUAACCCACAUGUCUGUAUAUAUUCCUUCCUCCAAGGCCGCCACGCCGAUUCCUUGCGACUUGCCCGUGCUGAGACGCCUUCUCUCUACUCCUUUUCCCGAAAGUCUCGUUGUCAUCUGCAUCUCCACCUCGCCCCUUGACCGAGGGUGCCCCGGGAUUCUCCCGUCAUCCAAAUCUCAGCACAUUACUGAACACAUUCACCUGAAUCCCUUGAUUGGUCGGCAUUAAACAGUACCACAUUCCUCUAUUGGAGAGUCAUGCC